AUGACCCCGACAUCCACUGCACCCUCGCCCACCCCGCAGGACAACGACGGCUUCCACUCCCUCUCAGGCCUUGUGGAGAGUGAAGAGCCCACGCCUACGCCAUCGCCCGAGCCCGCCAUGACGCCCACGACAACACAGCACCGCCACACCAACUACAGAGGAACCAAGGCCCCUGCGAGUAUAUCAACCACGUCCGAGAACGGAACUACGGGCUCGUUGCGGCACCAGACGCUGGCUGGCCAACGUUCCCUCCACCUCUCCGGCUCUCCAUCAUCGCCGCUGUCGUCGCGAGAAGCGUCGCCGGCCCGCCCACAGCAGCGCAAUGCACCACCCGCGAACCACACCAGACCCGGCUUCCGUUCACGCAAGAGCAGUGCCGACGUCAGCCCCAGCCGCACCUCGAGCCUGGCAAACUCGUCCACGACGUCCACGACGGCCACAGUGCCGCGGGCCCUGUCAUCGACGAGCAUACCUGAGCUCACGCCUACCUCAUCAACCGACACAGUGCGGGCCUCACGUCCUGCAAACCCCAAACAGCCCGGCGACGCAGGCCCCCAUCACUGGCCCAUCUCGCCGCGCCUGAGGUCACCACCCCCGGGCGACGACGGCCGCCCGCGUUCGCGCACAAACUCGCUCCGUUCGCAGAUCCGGAAGCCCGAGGCGCAAUCCACGCCCGCCAUCAUCGUCCAGAGUUCCUCCCCAGCCUCGCUCUCGGGCUUCCCCAGGAACGACGGCCCGGCCAGCGACCCCGAGGAGCCACAGCAGCAGUCGAUGAAAGUCCCAUUACGGGGCUCCAGCGGCGUGGCUCCCAAGCUCGAAACUGUCCAGGAAUCUAGCUCACCUGCCACUCCCGGCUUUGGUGGUCUAGAGCCGCAAAGUCUCGUUUCUUCAGCGACUGUCCAAAAAAGUGACACGGAGCGAAAUGACGUCAAUUCAUCCAAAGUCACCGAAGACCUUAGCAACAGUAAACACGACAACAGUAACAACAGCAGCAGCAGAAACACGGGCAGCGGUAGUGACAGUGCGACCAGAAGCGCCAGGAAGGGCAAGAUGCAGGAACAACGAGCCAGCUACACCCAUCGCCCACAUACCGUCUCCGCAAAACCCUCCCUGUCAUCCAUGUCCAACCGCUCACGCGAUCCCCCGCUCCGCAACAUGACAGUCGAAACCGAGACCGUGCCUUCGGUUGCACAGGCGUCCAUUGUCAACCAGGACCGCUCAGCCUCGGGUCGUGUCGAUGGAGGCGUGCGCCUCAAGCCGAGCAACGAGACAAUUCGCCCAAAGAAUAAUAGGAAACCUGCCAAGCGGAAGGCGGCGUCGAUUAAUGCAGGUACUGGUAGGUUGCAACACAUUUCGUACCACUAUCACAUUCCCAGCCGGCCUGACCCCGGCUUGCGCUCUAAUACAACCUCAAUCCUCGGCAGCCCCGUCUCAUACCGUUCGUAUGAUGACCGGCGGUCGCUGUUGACAAUGUCACCCCCAAGCCCAGAGCUCCGCAUGGCGUCCCCUCGCCCCCCUCCCCUCAAAUAUUUUUAUUCAAAUACUAACGCAAGCUAUCGCACAGCCUCGUCAAAAGCAGAUGUCUUCGAACAAAAGGUGGCCAGUGCCGUCGACGAGGCCGACUCGUCCGACUCUGAUGCCACCUUCAUCUACGAAUCCAAUCCCCCUGAACAGCCACACCGCAGUCGCCAACCCGGCCACCACUCGCGCACACCGAGCAUGACGUCGCUAGCCAGUCUCACAGACCCCCGCCUCCAAAUACGUGACACACAAAAGCAUCCAAGCAAGAAGAGCAGCAUCAAGUUUACGAACCCCUACAACAAUGCCAGCAUCGAUGGUGACGACCGAGGUGAGGGUACCGUCCGGAUCGGGUCCGGGCGAGCAGGCGGAGGCAGCCACCACCAUCACAUUGGGAGACACGGCCAGGGUCGUGGCGCACUGAACCAUCUUGUCAUGGAUAGCGACUCGUCGAUGCCUCAGUCCUCACGUGUGCGCGGCCCCUCAUCAAGGCACACAUCGCAGCCCAAUAGCCCUCGGAUCCACCAAUUCAGCCUCGGCAACGGUCACAGCAACGGCAUCAAGAAAAAUGGAGAGUACUCGGCUGCUUACGAUCUUGACGCUGAAAACAUAGCAGACGACGAGCGCACUCCACUAAUUACACCUGGCCGCAGCCCCCGCGCUCGAACGACUCGUCAAAGGAAUGGCACGAGCAUACGCCAGCUCGAACGCCGCCACCACCGGGAUGGAGGAUGGUGUCGCCGAUUUGCCGGAUGCCUGGUGCUCUCCAUCUUGCUUCUGGUUGUUGUCUUCUGUGCUGUUGGUCUCGUCUUUGCUACCACGAAGCCACUCACGAGCCUUAUGGUACGGGAGAUUCAGAACGUCGUUGCAAGCCAAGAGGAAGUUAUGCUGGAUCUCAUCGUCGACGCUGUAAAUCCCAAUAUCAUCGGCGUCACUGUCUCCGACAUGGAUGUCUCACUGUUUGCUAAGAGCAAGCACGUCGGAUCGGAUGCCUGGUGGCGCGAGCAUGGGAAUGGUCCACACGGCCCACAUGACAACGUGGAGCACUGGAAACCUAUCGAUACUGCCGGUGUCGACGAAGGCACCGACCCUGUUGAAGGUGAACCUCGCACUAUGUUGCUUGGCCGCAUUUACCGCUUCGAUUCGCCUUUGAAUUUCGAAGGCUCCUUUUUUCAGCGACAUCGCGCCGAAUCUAUCGGUGAACUUCGCCUCUCACACCCUGGUAACAAGACAGAGGCAGGCGGAAGCGAACGAUGGGAAGAGGUCCUACAAUAUCCUUUCGAGCUCAUCGUCAGAGGCAACUUCAAAUACACCCUUCCACUGAGCACGCAGGAGUUCAAAGUCCCAGUUACAGCGUCCCAUUACUAUGAUCCGGAUAUCGAGAGAAGGAAGCGACCAGUCGCUCCGGAAGGCCUAGAAAAGAGGAGGGACUCACCACCUGUACCAACAAAGCCACUGGGACGCUACGAUCGCAGAGCGUUGCCCUCCUGGAAUCUACAAUAGCAUCUUAUUCCAUUUUGUACCACAAUAUCGACCAAAAUCCGAAGGGUUCGGCACACCUGUGCAACCCCAACACAUCGCCCAAAAGAAACUGAUACCCUACUAAACACGAGCUCACGACACCAUAGACUUGUUCCUGCCCGGCACUUGCGUCAUAGCAAGCUUGCUGUCAUUCUUAGGCUUCACAGCCCUCACGAAUUUCUUUUCGUUUCUGCACUGUACUUGCACACCACCACUACCCCCUUCUAAAAUGGCUGUACUCGUUACUUUACGGCAGCCUUGCGUUCCAGCGACGGUGUUUUGUAUCACAAUGUUAUCUGCAUUUCCAACCCUUGGGGCUUUGUGCCUACUUAGUUACUUGGCCAUUAUUUCCGCAUUUUCUUGGUUGCGGCUUGGAAAUGGGGAUACCCACACACUCGUUUGAUCUUUCCCUCUCUCUUCUAUGUAUUCAUAAUUUAGCUCUUCUGUUUGUCGUCGCUUUUCUUUGUGGUGACGGAAAUGUUAGGCAUGGCAUGGAAAGGGGACUCUGGGCAAACGGGAAAUGGGAAAUGGGAAAUGGGAAAUGGGAAAUGGGAAAUGGGAAAUGGGAAAUGGGAAAUGGGAAAUGGGAAAUGGGAAAUGGGAAAGAACAGGGUAUUUGCAUCUCGCUGGGAGUAGGAUAUUUAUCACAGAAUUCUAGUAACUUUUCUCUA